AUGGACAUCGCUAUGGAGGGUAUGUGCGUUGGAGAGCAGCGUAAGGUGACCAUUCCUCCAGAAGAAGGAUUUGAUGAAGACGGUGAAAAUGAAAGCAAAGGAGAGACACUAUACUAUUUCGUUGAGUUGAAGAGCCUAUUCCGACCAACCCCAGGAGACAAAUGGAUCACCGAUGAAGGAGUCCAUGUAAUCGUAACCCACGAGAUUCCGGAGGAAGAAUGCAUCAAAGCCGAAGAUGGUGACACCAUUCAUCAGCACUACACUUUGCAUCUCGAAGAUGGCACUUUUGUUGAUUCGAGCUGGAGCCGAAACAAGCCCUUCAUUUUUAAGCAUAACCAAAAUCAGGUGAUUAGCGGUAUGGAAAUCGGUAUGGAUGGAAUGUGUGAAGGCGAGCGCAGAAAGCUGGUGAUCCCGCCGGAGCUCGCAUAUGGUGAGAAAGGACGACCACCACGCAUUCCACCUAAUGCCCAUCUUCAUUUCGAGGUAGUGCUCGAAAAAAUCAUCAAGCCGGAGGAGAAAACGGAGCUCUAA